UGCAUUUCUCUCAAGAAGCAGAGGAUCUUUUGCUAGUUGGUGAAUCUUCCUCUAGGCUAUAUGAUUGGGGAUGCUUGUUUGUAUGUACGUGCAUAUAGCUUCUAGUACCAGAAGCCAAGCUGUUUUGGGUGAUUGCAGUAUGAGCUUUAUGUGAUAAACGCCAAAGUCUAUGAUCGCAGGAUGUGUGACUCACCAUUUGUGCAAACUGGCUUGAACCAAAGUGUUUCUCUUUGCAAAUAUUCGCAUUCUAGCAUCACAUGUAAUUCGGAAAUUCAGUCAGAUUCUGUGAAAGAACUUCAGAGUGAUAACACAAUUUCACGGGUGAGCAAUCCUGUUGAAGGUAUUGGAAGAUUUGGAUCGUGCACUAAAGACAUUGAUACUUACCCUUACAGAUUUCAGCUUGAACAGGAUGUACAAAGGUUGCAACAGCAGCUGCGAGAAGAACUAGAGCUACAUGCUAUUCUGGAAAAUGCAAUUGAACAAAAUGCUAUUAAAUGCUCCAGUUGGUCAGGCCUUCCUUACUAUGCUCAAGAGCUCCUAGGCAAUAUUUCUGCACUUGAGGUUACGGUUUCAAAACUUGAACAGGAGUUGGUUGCUUUGCAUUUCCAACUUAGUCAAGAAAGAAAUGAACGAAGGCUUGCAGAAUAUCGUCUGAGGCAUCCAUCUCCUCAGACAACGUCUCCUAACUCCUCUGACAUUAUGAAACUACCGAUUUCAUCUUCUUUGAGGUCUUCAGAUCAUUCCAGUCCUGAAAUACAUCAUUCCUCUGAAGAUGGCUCAUGCCAGGAGACAAAAGAUCAACCAUCAGAACUUAGUGGCCAAGCAUCUUCUAGACAGUCAGUAACUGAGUAUGCAGAGGACUCGGUUGCAAGUUGCCAUGAUAUGAAAAUGUCUAGGAAGAUGGAUCCCAAAUCUUUUCAACUUGCUGAGUACAGGAAGAUUCCUAAAGGGAUGCCCUCCAAGGGCCUCUGGGAUCAUCCAAAUCAACUGUCAGAGGAUAUGGUCAGAUGCAUGAAAAAUAUAUUCAUAUCUUUGGCUGAUUCAGCUAUACCAUCAAAAUCUUCUGCACAAGAGAGCUACUCCUCUUCAUUGUCACCACGCGGGCAUCUUUCCAAUUCCUCAUGGUGGUCAUCAUCUGAACGGUCAAUGAUUUCAUCAUGGGUGCAGAGCCCACAGGUUGAUAUACAGAGUAACUCUGAAGUAUUGGCCUCAGAGAAUGCCUGUGAUCCCUACAGAGUUCGAGGGAAACAGAGUUGGGCUGACAUUGGGAACUAUGGAUUAGCAAGUGAAGUUUCUUGGAUGUCAGUUGGGAAGAAGCAAUUAGAAUAUGCUGCAGGAGCACUGAGGAGUUUCAGAGUACUGGUCGAGCAACUGGCGAAAGUAAAUCCUAUCCAUUUGAGUUGCAAUGAGAAGCUUGCUUUCUGGAUUAACUUGUACAAUGCACUAAUUAUGCAUGCUUACUUAGCUUAUGGAGUCCCUAGAAGUGACUUGAAGCUUUUCUCUUUGAUGCAAAAGGCAGCUUACACUGUUGGUGGUCAUUCUUUCAGCGCAGCUGCCAUUGAGUACGUGAUUCUGAAGUUGAAACCACCACUCCAUAGACCACAAAUUGCUUUGCUUCUUGCCCUUCACAAGCUGAAGGUAUCAGAUGAGCAACGGAAAUCUGCAAUUGAUGUGUAUGAACCACUCAUAACCUUUGCAUUAAGCUGUGGAAUGUAUUCUUCACCAGCGAUAAGGAUCUACACUGCUAAAAAUGUGAGGGACGAGCUUCAGGAAGCACAGCGUGAUUUUGUUAGAGCUUCAGUUGGGGUUAGCAGCAAGGGGAGGUUGUUGGUGCCAAAAAUGCUGCACUGCUUUGCCAAGGGCAUUGUGGAUGAUUCAAAUUUGGCUGUAUGGAUAUCACAUUAUCUUCCACCCCACCAAGCCGCCUUUGUUGAACAAUGCAUAUCACAGCGGCGACAAAGUCUGCUUGGUUCGCGCAACUGUGGCAUUCUUCCAUUUGAUUCACGGUUCCGGUACCUAUUUCUGCCUGACAAAAUUCCUUUAUGAUGAGGCCUAGUUAUACUGCACUGCUAAAUACCUCGGAUUAAUCUGUAACAUCAAGCUAAAGUUAUCUUGAUCAUAAAUGAUGCGACAGUUAAAAAGAUUGGAUGAGUUUAGCCUCGAUGCGAGUAUAAGCCUCCUUGAAGAAAAACCAGAUGGUGGCAGUUAGGGUCUUUCACCUCAUAGACCUCUACCCCUAAUGGGGGUAUUGUACAUUUUGUUCAUGGAUAACAGGAGUUGAAGAUAGAGUGCUUGUAGCUAACUGAUGUGUAUUUUUUUUUAUUGUGUUUCUAUAAUAAGAGUUGGAAAUAAGUGUUCAUUGCA